UUAUAAUUGAUGGAUAUUACAUUGUGCUUUCAAAACUGCUGUCAAUCUACAUAGCCUAUAGGUAGCCUUUAGAGGUUGCCUUACCACUCGCACCUUUCUGUGCGCAAAGCUGCGACCCGUAGGUUCUCGAACCUUAGCUGAUGUCGCUCAAGCAAGCGCAGCGCGCACGGGCGCAGCAGAGCGGCCUCACUCCGCGGCAGCGCAAGGUCCUCAAUUUCGUCGUGCCAAAAGGUCCGCAGCAUGCACCGCUGCCCGCGCGUCUGUAUGCGAUGCCAGAGCAGACUGCGUGGUCCAAGAUGAGCCCACAGGAGCAGCAGCAGGCGAUGUAUGAGAACCUGAAGGCCCUGAACCAGAGCCUGUCCAACCUCGACCAGAAAGUGUCCAGCGUGCAGUCCCGUGUCAACAUCAACACGGUGCUGAUUCUGCUCUGCCUGGUGCUCGUGGUGGUGAUCGUGCUCUCGUUGUGGAUUGCCUCAUCGGCGGUGUUCAAGUCGGCACUCCAGACAGUCUUCAGGUAGUUGGCUGUUAGGUUAUUAUUCCGCGACCCAGCACCUGAAGACUGUCUGGAGUGCCGACUUGAUCACUUGAACACCUUCCAUGCGGCAAUCCACAACAAGAGCACGAUCACCACCACGAGCAGAGUAGAAUCAGCACCGUGUUGAUGUUGACAUGGGACUGCACGUGGACACCUUCUGGUCGAGGAUGGACAGGCUCUGGUUCACUGCUGCUGUGCAUUACACUUCACGCCGGACCACAGCUGGGCCAGUACCUUCGGCGCGGCGGCGGCGGCGGCGGGACGGUGCUGACGCCGGCCGGCAGGCCGGCCAGCGGCGGCGAUGGCGGUGUACCAAACACGCAUGUACCACCAGCAUGAUUAGUGCGAGAUGCGCCACGGGUUUUUGCUGCGAUACGGCGGAGCUUGACAAUCAGGCAUGAUGAGAUACAGGUAGAUGUACAUAGUGUGUGAAUGCGACAUGUGGAAAUGCACAAUGCGCUCGCGGUAGAUCUGAUACUGGCUGCACGGAGCCGGGGUUGUAGUUCAUUCCAAAAACCUAAGCGACCACGGGGGUGUAGCCGUCCAUCCGGAUGGUGUGGAUGGGAGGGGUGUGUGUAUUUAGAGUGGUCGCUGUUGUCGUCUGUUGUCCAGUGCAAACUUUACACAUGCAGACUGAAUUUGAGUCCAUUUGCUGAGCAGGGAUUUUGAGUACAGGGUUUUGUAGACAGGACACUUCAGCAUACCUGGAUGGUGCUUCGGAUUAUUUGAUGCAUUCUUAGGCUUGAAGCGUGCAGACGCACUGGAACCGCAUGAUGCUGCUAGCAGGGGCCUUCCCCUCAUUCAUAUGCUGGGCAUGACUCUCGUCUUCCAUACGGUAGCCUGGCAUUUACCACGACAGUGGCUUGGUCUAAGGACAUGCUAUAGAGGAGCGAGUGUGAAUGCGGACGUAGUCUGCGCAUGGGAGCCCGAUCGAUUGUCCCUGACCCAGUAAGCCACAGGCAUCCAACAAUUGCACCAUGCCAUAGUUCGGAGAUGUUUGUGGGUUGCAUGACCAUGCCCUGGGCGCUGCCGCUAUUUCUGUAGCCGCCACCACUCCUGUCACUGCCAUUGCCAACAUUCCUGCUGUCACCGCCGUCGGUGCCGCUACCGCAGCGGUUCUCCCUGAAGGAUGUCAAGGUUGAGGUGAAGGGGUUGAAGGCUACCACCAAGGCCAACAUUGGCAACACCUACGCCCUGGGCGUCAAGCACUCCGCCGCCACCAAGGCCAAGGUUUCGAAGACUAAGAAGGGCAAGCCCCUGACCGCCGCCACCAAGGCCAAGAUUUCGAAGGCUAUGAAGGGCAAGCCCAAGACCGCCGCCCACAAGGCCAAGAUUUCGAAGGCUAUGAAGGGCAAGAAGUGUGCCUAAGAGCGGCAAGGUGCGCGAUUAUGGGCUGGACGUAGGAUUAUCC